AGGAAGCUGGGGAUAUAAUUGAAACUAUAUAUCAUGACUUUGCCAAUUCCAAUCAAAGGAAAUAUCUCAUACAAGAAUUUUAUGGUGCAGAAUAUUCCAUAUUUAAGGUAUGUAGAACUACACACGCCGCAAUGACAAUGGCAAGAAUUGCCGUAGAGCGUAGCGGCUCUGUACGGCACUUUUCGCAGCGUUUCAAUAUUUAUUACUGUUACACGUAAACUGCAAAACACUUACGAACGCAACAACAAAAGGAAAAUAAUUUUAAAAAUUUUGACAGACUAUUAUAAUACCAACUCCCUAUAAAUUUACAAUACACUACGGCAAUGUCCACAGCAAUCCACCUUAUCCACGACAUUUUCUUCUUGAACUUGGGCAAUUGCACGAGUGCCGGUUAUUUCUGAACAAUUAUAUACUGUUGGUCUGCAAUGCAAUAUAGUCAUGUAACAUGUAAUACCUGUCAUUCUUUCAUUUAUUAUUAUUAUCCUCCACCCAUUCGUUGUCUAAUUCUUCAUCCCCCUAUUACAUAUAUUUUAUUUGCAUGUUCAUGAUGGUCAUUGUCCUCUAGAUUGAUGAUGCUCGUUCACUUGAGGAAAUUAUUGCAAGUGAUCCACACAAGAAACCAUACAUCCUGAGGAACCUCAAAGAAACACUUGUAUCUUUAAUACAAAAGUAUGUUGAAAUUCUGAAAUCUUUUACCCUAUAUAUUGCUUGGUAUACAUGUAAUGUAAUGACCAAUAAACCCUUUUGUCGCCCAAGGUUUUCCCUUAGCAUUUACAGUGGAUUAUAUUGAAACUAUCAACGCAUGCCCAGAUUCUGCAUCAAGCUAGAAUCUUAACUAUACGAAAAAACAAGGCUACAGUAAUUUCGUUUGUUACAUUGUACAAUCAAUUUAAUUGUGAAUUUUAAAUCUGAAAAUCUUGUAUUUCUUUACAGGUCUCUUGUAUCACAUACAAUUGUACACAAGGCGUUAUUGGAUUUCUUCACUAAUGCUGACGAAAAGAUGCGAACGGUAUGUUUUCUAAUUUCACUAAGCAUUGUUGAUGAAUUACUGCAGAGCUUGGAAAAUCAUGCACUGUCAGUUCUCCAAAUGCGGCUAUGUUACUCGCUGUGAAGAAUUUCAUAACCAUGAAAAUUUGAUCAGGCAUCGGCGCUGGGCAAUGUGGAUUUUCUCUGUGGGAAUGCUAGAGACAUUAGAGGGAUAUGCAUCCCUGCCUAUUUUCCUAUAGUCAGUAUUUACCUGCUUUCGUUGGCAUUGUUUUGUUGUCUUGCCAUAAUGGUUGGUUAUUGAAAAUGUUUUUUCUUUUUCCAGGAGAUGAUCGAGGCCGUACGUGAACAGUUGGUUUUGAUUCUUCACACGAGUGAAGGUGCAAGAGUGACGAUGUCAUGUUUGUGGCAUGGAACUCCAAAAGUAAGAAUAUCUACUUUAUAUAAUGCGAGGUUAAGAUCUGGAAGAAAGUAUACAAUACAAUGAUAUAUUAAAACGUGUUACACGCUGCGAAGGACACCACAAUGCGCUGGCUGGACACCAGAAUAGAUGCAAACAUCCACUAUGACUUUAAGCUGGGGUCAAAAUCGAAACAAAUAUGGCCUGACAAACUAUUUUCUUUUUGGCAGGUCAAAUAAAUUAUGGUAUCCAAUUUACAAUAUAUUUUGAACUGCCAAAAUAGUUCCACUCUGCUAGAUGUCAGAAAUUAAUUUUCUUCAUGCACUUCAAUCAUUUAUGCAUGUAUUUCCCUACUCUAAACUGUCCUUUUUAACAUUAAACGCAGAAAAUUUAAGAUACUGGUAUGUCUGACAUUUCUCAAAUAUGGCCUGCUUUUGGCCAGCCCGCUACUUCGAGCACAUUAAGUGAUAAUUUAGUAACCCCUGCAGCUACAGCAUUUAUGAUGAGGCAUAUUUAGGAUGAGGUUACAGGACAUUUAGUUACAAACUUAAAUUUACAUUUAUUCUGACUAUUAAUUUCAGGACCGUAAAGUAAUUGUAAAGAGUUUCAAGAGUUAUGUGAUAAAGAUUUGCAAAGUAAGGGAUGACCUUAUAUAUGUGAAAAUUGCAGUAUUUGGUAUUACAUACAGUGGAUACUGUAUACUGUACUGUAUAUAAUUAUCUGGAAUUUUGUUUUGAGGAGAAAUCAUCCCAAUCUGUUACAGUAUGUUACGGUUGAACAGCUUAUACAAUAGACUUUUUAGAUGCUCAUUUGUUAACUUCACCUCUCGAUUAUUUUGGGUGUUUCGGCGAGUUCUCACAUUGUGACCUAAAUAAAACUUUGUUAUGUAGGAAGAAUAUGGUCAUCUUACGUUACUUGCCUUAUUCGACAGUGUUGAUGAUACUGUUCUUGUUCAAAAAGUUAUAAUCGCGGUAAGUUAAUAAACAAAAAUGAUUUCUAACUUUCCAUUCAACUGUCCGUCACUGCAGUCUGAUAUUUUGAAAUAAUAAUAUAUGUACCACACUUGUAUAUUUGUACACUAUUGUUGUCCACACCAAUCACGAUUUAGGGGUAGACAAUAGAACGUGAGAUUUUCAAGCAACGAGGCAACACAAUAGAAUAUAAAAGAAUACAAGAUAAUAAAAAAACUCUGAGAAGAGUAAAGCCCCCUCCUAGUAAAAUUGUGACAAAUAUACUCAGAGACGGAUCUAGCCAGAUCUGGUAUAGGAGGGGUGCUCGUCGAGAUUCGGUCAUGGUCCACGGUGAGACCGUUGACCAAGUGCGUUACGUAAUCACUAGUUAGUAGUCACAGGCGGUAGUCUGUAGUCUUGUUUGACAUUUUCGCAGUCAUGUUACUAUCUCAUUUUGUCUCUAUUCCAAACCGAAAAAAUGGAGUUGGUAAGGAAAUUGGCAUCCCACCUUUCACAAAGCUAGGAGAGUUGCGCACCCCCUGCUCCCCAGGACUGUAAAUCCAUGAAUGUUUAUCUUACUCCUUAAGCUGAAUGUUUAUCUUACUCUUUAAGCUGAAUGUUUAUCUUACUCCUUAAGCUGAAUGUUUAUCUUACUCUUUAAGCUGAAUGUUUAUCUUACUCCUUAAGCUGAAUGUUUAGCUCACUCUUGGCUAAGUACAAAGUAAUAAGAUACGACUUGUACAUGUGUAUAUGUCAUUGUAGGAAAUGUUACCACGUUUAAGUGAGAUUGCUGAGAAUCAUCAUGGUAGAAAAGUUCUACUUUAUCUCCUCGCUCCACGUUUACCUUCGUAUUUUGCUCCAAAGAUCAUCCAACAAUUAACACAGGGUGAUGGAAAUCAACACAGGUACGAAAAUUUCAUCGUCUGAGUCACUUGGUUCUUUUAUUAGAGAUUAAAGAGCACGAAUACGACUUAGUGAUCUGUGGCAACUAAUGUUAUCAAUAUUUCUUCGUAAUUUGUGUUUGAUUGUGUCUGUGUGUGUAAACAACAUUAUUUUUUUCCAGCUCAACCUCAAUUACUGCUUUCGUGAUUCGAUGUUACCGAAAAAUUUGUCAAAUCCUUACAAUACAGCCUGUAAAGGCCGUUUUUUAAACAAAACUUUUCCCGUUACCAUGGACAUGGAAACGGAUUUACUGUAAGAAAAUAUCAUUUUAUACGAUGUCACUUAGAAAAAUUUUACGAUAUUGGGAACUAAAUUGCAUUUUAACAUUCUGUAAAAAGAAUAUUAACAAAGAAUGUUUUCUCUACCACAAGAACACAAGUUUAAAUUUUGACCCAUUUGGUCAAAAAUUGGGGUAGAUAGUCCCCCAUAAUUAGGGUAUUUAGUUCCCUAGAGGUUGCAGCGUUAUGCAUGAAAUAUAAUUAUAGUGUAUACAAGGCUAAUUUAAUAAAUAAACACUUUCGUCUAGAAUGUUAUACAUGUUGAAACGUCAGUUUGCAUUUCAAUGUUUUACCUGCACGUUCCGGUUCCGCCCUAUAAACUCUUUGAUUACUGUAAUAAUUUAAAUUGUUAAAAGUACACACCAAUUUUAUACAUGAUUUUUGUUUGAAUUUACAGCAAAAAAGAGAGUUCUGUGCGGAGAAAUGAACUGCUGUCAGCAGUUUCACCAUCGUUGAUCAAGUUUGCAGCAGAAAAUGUCAAGACGUUACUCUUUGAUAAAGCUCUAAGUCAACUUUUUGUCGCCAUAGUUCAUAAUGUUGAAGGUAACAGUAAGUCAUUUGUACAAUUAUAGUAUAAACUCCUCAUUUGAAAGGCACCACAUUGGUGAUUAAUACUGUUUAGUAUUUUUGCACAAGUGAACAUAACAAAUCCUACAAGAUGAUUGGUCAAAUUUGACGUAUUAAUCUGUUAUAUUCACCUACAGGUGAAUAUAACAAAAUCGAAAUGUUCAAAAUGGCGGCUAGCCGUUUUGUUGAAGUUAGUGAUAAAGAAAUAAGCGAAAUUAAAAUGAAUUCAGACCAGAAAAACACAAAAAAACUUGUGCAAAAAUACUACAACAAUUAUUCGCCUCAGGCUCGGUGAUUAUCGGGGAAUAUUCACCUCGACUUCGUCUCGGCGAAUAUUCCACGAUAAUAGAGACCUUACGAUUUUAGGACGGCAACCGCGACGGCGACGGCCAAAACAAACUCCUUCAAAUAAAUGGUAGUCGAUAGCUCGUCGUAUAUUAUCAAUCGUAUGAAUUUAAUACAGUCUUAGAAGUUGAAGACGUGGGUUUUAUGGUUGGGAAGAGUUCUGCUAAACCCAGUUUGAAGUUGCACAUGCUGCGUCUUGAAAUGCAGCCGUUGUAUCAACACGUGAAAAUAUGUGAUUUGGCGUUGUAAACAGAGCGAAGACAAUGUCUAAAUUAUUCAUUUAUUGUAAUUACUCAUUUCUUUUCAAUGAUCUAUUGUAUUCGUAGCCGUUGCCGUCGCGUUGCCGUCCUAAAAUCGUAAGGUCUCUAAUCACCUCGCCUUCGGCGAAUAAUUGUUAAUUAGUACAUUCCUUGGAAGGCCUAAUGGCAUUUUAUGCAAAGUUCGUUCAAGCGUUACCAUGCAGACCUUUUUCAAACGUUAUAAUGUUGGACAGUGGUCUUCUCUGUGAGGAAAUCUAAAUAUUGAACAGUGGUCUUCUCUGUGAGGAAAUCUAAAUAUUGGACAGUGGCCUUCUCUGUGAGGAAAUCUAAAUAUUGGACAGUGGUCUUCUCUGUGAGGAAAUCUAAAUAUUGAACAGUGGUCUUCUUUGUGAGGAAAUCUAAAUAUUGAACAGUGGUCUUCUCUGUGAGGAAAUCUAAAUAUUGAACAGUGCCCUUCUCUGUGAGGAAAUCUAAAUAUUGGACAGUGGUCUUCUCUGUGAGGAAAUCUAAAUAUUGAACAGUGGUCUUCUCUGUGAGGAAAUCUAAAUAUUGGACAGUGGUCUUCUCUGUGAGGAAAUCUAAAUAUUGAAUAGUGGUCUUCUCUGUGAGGAAAUCUAAAUAUUGGACAGUGGUCUUCUCUGUGAGGAAAUCUAAAUAUUGGACAGCGGUCUUCUCUGUGAGGAAAUCUAAAUAUUGGACAGUGGUCUUCUCUGUGAGGAAAUCUAAAUAUUGAACAGUGGUCUUCUCUGUGAGGAAAUCUAAAUAUUGGACAGUGGUCUUCUCUGUGAGGAAAUCUAAAUAUUGGACAGCGGUCUUCUCUGUGAGGAAAUCUAAAUAUUGGACAGUGGUCUUCUCUGUGAUGAAAUCUAAAUAUUGGACAGUGGUCUUCUCUGUGAUGAAAUCUAAAUAUUGGACAGUGGUCUUCUCUGUGAGGAAAUCUAAAUAUUGAACAGUGGUCUUCUCUGUGAGGAAAUCUAAAUAUUGAACAGUGGUCUUCUCUGUGAGGAAAUCUAAAUAUUGAACAGUGGCCUUCUCUGUGAGGAAAUCUAAAUAUUGGACCGUGGUCUUCUCUGUGAGGAAAUCUAAAUAUUGAACAGUGGUCUUCUCUGUGAGGAAAUCUAAAUAUUGAACAGUGGUCUUCUCUGUGAGGAAAUCUAAAUAUUGAACAGUGGUCUUCUCUGUGAGGAAAUCUAAAUAUUGGACAGUGGUCUUCUCUGUGAGGAAAUCUAAAUAUUGGACAGUGGUCUUCUCUGAGGAAAUCUAAAUAUUGGAUAGUGGUCUUCUCGGUGAGGAAAACAAAUUUCCACCGUCUUAAUGGCCAUAUUUUUAUAUUUCUUAUCAUAAAAACCCUGGAUGUUGGUAUUCAUUGCAUGGCCUAAAAAAAAAACAAUGAAAACUUUUUGACCUUUCUGAGUCGAAACGUCUGUACUGAUUAGUUCUAUGCGUCUUACCUUAAUUGGCAAGACAUGAAGUUCUGGUUAUAUUUUGUAGGUGGUGUGGAACCUGCUAUGCAAAGUGUUGCAAAGUUGGCAAGUAAAGAAUUAGAUGUCAUCAACAACGAAGAGGAGGUAAGAAUAUAAAUCACGUGAGAGAAAAUAAGGAUAAAUAAUCUGUGUAAAUACUUAAAAAUGCUAUAUUUGUACUGUAUUAUAUAUACACUAAAUAAUGAUUUCUUUGAUAAGUGCCAACUCAGGAAGCGCCUAUAUCCUCUUUGAUCAGGUUGGCAUGAUUUUUCCUGCUUACCCUCAAUGAGCUCAAUAUUAUUUCCUUUGGUGAGCAAACAAAUUGUUUGCAUGGUUACUGCUGGUGCAUCGAAACGGGACCUAUAAUUAUGUUAACUUAUUUGUUGGUUUGGUGGAAAAAUUCUUUGACCCCAUACGCCGAUUACGUUGAUCAUUUUAAAAUAUCAUGUUCCCAUCUCAAUUUGGAGCGUUAUGGGAUCACAAUCAUUUACCCAAACUGUAUGUUGGCUUGUUUUGUUUAGGACCAUGUAUUCAAAAGUGCAAGUGGUCAUUUUGCGAUCAAACAGCUAAUCCAAUUGGAUAAAAAGCGCAGUGAGAAAGGCAAGUUAAAACAAAGUUUAAUAUAUUGUACGACAAUGUACAUGUACCAAUAAUCCAUGGUAAAAGUGGAAGUCAAAUAUUAGGCAACUUCCUAUCUACAGUAAAUGGAAAUAUGUAUGUAAUAAAACCAUGUUACAUUUCAGGUUCAGAUGUUCUUUUCUCUCCAUUACUGAUGGCCAGGAUAGACCCAGAAACCUUACUUAACAUGUGUCAGAUCAACAGGGGAGCUUUCGUGGUCGUAAGGUCAGUUUGACCUCUGUUAAAAUAUUCUGUUCAUUGGCUGUGUCCAUCUUGAUUUUGGGAAACAGUCACAGUGUUUAGACAUUAUUUUUUUAACUACUUUCGUAGCUAAAUAGUGUUUAAAGGCGCAGUUCAGCCUUUUGAACGAUGGUUUUUAAGGCGCAUUUGAGCCCUUUUAAUUGAAAAAACUAACUAGGAAAAUCAAUUAAGCAUAAUUCAAAAUCAGUAAACUCGAUGUUUUUAACAAUAUAAAUGUUUUUAAAUGUUAAAAACAUUAAGAUUGCUGAUCUUGAAUUAUGCUUAAUUGAUUUUCCUAGUUAGUUUUUUCAAUUAAAAGGGCUGAAAUGCGCCUUAAAAACCAUCGUUCAACAGGCUGAACUGUGCCUUUAACCCCGAAAUAUACGAUUCUGCUUGGUUGACUCUUCCACUAACUAUAGUUAACUUUAACAGGCCCCUGGCAAAAAAAUUCGCUCUCCGACUCUAUUCAAGUAUACGUAUACAAGGGUUCGUUCUCUACUCAUGUCAAGUAUGACUUUUUCCAUAAUUUUAAUUCUUAAUAUUUUUUCUAGUCUCUUGGAGUGCUCGGUAUCAGAAGUAUAUGAAGAAGUGGAACAAUCCCUGAAACCUUACCUUAAAAAACUGAAGACGAUUGAAAACAAAGGGGUCGCAAUUGUAAUCAAGUUACUGAACAAGUAAAGAAUCUAUAACAAUUGUAACUGACCCAACCAAACUACCAAAGCACAGUGGCUGUCUAGAAAUCAUAUGUCUUGAAAGAGGUUUACACUUUGUCGAUGAAAGCAUACAGAUACUGUAAUUUGGUCAAGGAACGUUCGUAGUGUAAACCAGCUAGUCUUUUUCCAGAAUGAUAUAUGUGCACAAUAAUUGUAUUAUACGGACACCAAAGUAUUCCAUCAUAUGAACAUUCAAAGUGAAGACAUCUUCAGACGUUUAAUUUUAAAUUAUGUUUCCAAUCAUUAGAGAGUUUAAGAUCUACGACGCGGCAACUUAACGACGCGCCUUCGAAACAAAGAAAUUCUUCAUGCAAGACAAAAACUAUGAAUAACUUGUGGUCCCAGGGGUAUCCUCAACAGCAUUGUCAUUCUGAAUACAAGGUUAAGCUAAGCAUUAUCACGUCUUCCAGCAACGUGAAAGCGUAUUCCGACGUUAGAUGUGUUACAUAAAGUCAGCCUUAUAGCAAACACCACAUCGUUUCUCCUGAAUUUAGCUGUUUGUAACGUUAUAAAUAACGUUAUAAAUUAAAAAGCUUCAAGCAUUUAUUACAGUAAUCAAAGUAGCGCUCAUUCUUGAGCUGAAAUUGAGACGCGUCGUCGAGUUUGCCUCGUCGUAAAUCUUAAACUCUUUGUCUUUGACCGUGCUCCAUCCAUUGUUUGCCCAUACAUUGAGCCCACUGAACUAUUAUAAUUACUUUUAGGACGAAGUUAUACGAACAGCAAAAUCGCAAAAUCACAGGCAUCAUCUGUGGAUUUUUUACUUAACGAGAUUGGUUGAAUAUAUUUACUUUUAUAUAAUACCUUAUUGAAUUCUGAUCGUUUAAUUGGCUGUUUAUGAUCACGUGAUAUUGAAUAGAAAAUUCCAUUUCCCAAGAGUGCAAUGGAAUACGUUCCAUUGCACUCUUGCGAGUGCAAUUGUACUAUACGUUUUAUUCCAUUGCACUCUUUGUGUUUUCGAUAAAUCGCAUCCGUCAAAAUGCUUCUCGUACGGUGAUCGCUGUUUAUUUUAAACCCGAUAUUCGAAACUCAAUAAAUGGGAAUGGGAUUUAAUGCAAAUACGACUCGUCAAAAUGGCGGGAGCUUACAGUAAACCUUUUAAUAUUUGUCUAUUUUGGUAUUAUGUAAAACAAAUAAUGAAUGUUUUUAUUCGUGCAAUGGUAAGAAUAUUUUCAUUCGGUGAAAGAUGGAAUGUUCCAUUCAACUCGGCUGUCGCCUCGUUGAAUGGAACAUUCCAUCUUUCACCUCAUGAAAAUAUUCUUACCAUUGCACUCAUAAACAUUCAUUAUUUGUAUAUCAGUGCAUGCAUCCUUCAACCAACCUCGUAAAUAUUGUUCAUCGCUAUACUUACAUUGGUACCCCCACACUCAAGAUGUUUCUACUUGACAUUCAUUGAAACUUGAAGUCAGUUUGUUUUAUACUGUAAGCUUUAGCGAAUAUAACUUCACCUGAAAUGGCGCUAUUACUAUGAACAUGGUGGACAGUAAAAAUGGACGACACUCGUAGCUCAAUACCACAAAGCAACAAGUAAUUUUUAAGUGGACACAAGGUUCAUUAUAUUACAUUGCAUACCCCUCUAUUCACAGUAUUGGAUUGUAAUAUAUAUAAUCGAUUUGAUUCACAUGACUUAUUGUAUCUUGUGUAUAAUUGUUGCUGUUUAUAAAUCUAUUUCAUUUCAUAGUUUGGCACAUCAAGUACUAUAAAUUAUUAAAUUUAUAUAUGAACUGGGAGCUUCCCCCAAGAUCGCUGAUUUGAAAUCGCAUUUUUCUGCCAGCUGCUGUGUUCUACUGUACUAUUAAUUCCAGUGUACUACAUUCAUUCUCUAUUGUAACACUUUCUUCAAAAACUCUUUCACUUCUGGAUAUAUAACAUCAGACUCUGUGCCAGGAAAUGUAUGUAGGAUCUCUUGCUCACUACAACAU